GUAAUCGGUAAACAGUAGUUUGGUAAAUAGAACCUUCCAGGAAGACAUUCUAUGACAUAACAAAUUCAAUUUAUUUCAAAUUUUAAAUUCAAAAAUGCCAAUUCAAGUAUAGGCACGUAAAAAAUAUUCGAACAACUACACGCGUUCAGACGUUCGUCAUGCGCAUUUCUUCAGUGGUAUUAUCCCCUCGAUCACUCGUUGGCUAAAUUCGGAAUGAUUGCGUGAGCAAAGUAUUCUAUUUCCUUCAGAAAAUGGAGAAUAAAUGCUUCUAUUGCUUUUUUAGACCAACUUUUGCCGUAACAGAUAUGUUAGGAGGGAUCUUGGUUCGUCCUUGCAAAUGCCGUUCGGUAAGCAAACGUAAGCGAAGGGUUUUGCUGGUUUAUUCAGUAUGCAUUCAGUUAUUGUUUUUCGUUCAUUUUUGUAUCGUAAUUGAUAGCAACCUUUGUCGAUUCCCUGAUUACGAUGUAAAUCUCUUUCGAUGCGUUCUCAAAAACAGAAUAGGUAAGAGUAACUAUACCCUCUUUAUUCACAUCAUAUAUUUUAUUGAGUCUUUAGGAGCAACUCAUUGGUAUUUUGUACUGAAAACAAGAAAAUUCGACAAAAUACCUAUCACAAUACCAAAUAAUAGAGAGGAAAUAUUACGACGCAUUCAAAAUUAUCUGCUUGCAUUUUCUGGCCUGUUAUUUCUGGUAUUUACGACAGUAACUACAAUGUUUUCAGGUUUCGUUGCCGAAGGUAUCGAAGCUGCUUCUACAAAAUUCAGGGGUAUUGUAUGCGCCGUUAUUUUAAAUAUUAGCUUCGUGUACGAGUUAGCUCUGUUGGCGUCUGUGUCAAUGAUAGGAUUUAUAAUUUUGGUUUCUACGAAAGAAGUAUUCGGUUGUCUUUCCGAACGACUAUAUUUGGCAAAUGUUAAUAGUAACGAAUACAAGAUCGAUUAUAUUAUGUCCGAACACGCUGAAAUUUGUCGAUUUUUUGAUAAAGUCAAUGAUACUUGGAAAGAUAUGUUUGCUUUAGGUUAUAGUAUUGGUAUGCUCAUGCUUGGAACCCUGGUUUAUAAUAAUGUUUACAAAACUCUAAAUCUAAAAAACCAAUGGUUAGGCGAUAUCGGUUCAUUGAUUUUGAUACUUAUCGUACUUUUUGCUUCGUUUGUAAUAUCACACGUGAUUAAUUCGAUCUAUGAUAACUUUCAAGAAAUUCGAAAAUUUAAUAUAAAUUUUUCUCGGAUAACGCAUAAAAUUAAGCUGAUUUGUUUCAUGAAAUUCUUUCGUGAAAAUGCCAUCGGAUUCAAUUGCGGAGAUGUGUUGAUUAUAACAAAAGACAUUCCCAUUCAGACGGUCCGUGCAUUGUAUAAUACGUUCAAUAGCUUAAAGGGAAUUCACGAUAUCAUGAAUGGUACAAAUGUCAACUGCAAUGAAACAAUCCAAGUUUAUACGAAACUCAACAUUGGCUUGCAAUCUUAAGGAUUGCAGGAUAGACAAGAGAAGGAAAUCUUAGGAUAAUGAAUGAUUUUUUAAGAAGAACAGUCAAGACAAGUCUCAUAAGCAAGAAAAUGGAGGAAAGUACGAGUAGAUUAAAAUGAUUUAGACAUGUGAAUAGAAUUGAGGACUAUGUUCAAGAAGAUUGGGAACUUGAAAGUGAUAGGGAGGAGGAAUCGGAGAAGACAUGAGCUGAGAUUGAGGAGAGAGAGUGUCCUGAAUAGAGAGAAGUGGAGAAGACGGAUUAAAGAUAAAAAUGCUUACCCCAUAUAAACGUGGGAAAACGCACAGAUAAAGAAAAAUUGCAAAUUUUAAGUAGUAGAGUCUUUAUUACAACCAAAGCGUAAAAAAUAAUUUUUAGUAUUUGAUUACUGUGUGAUAAAGUUUAACAUAUGAAUUACAACUGUUUAUGCAAUAUACAAAUAUGUUAAAUAAUAUUAAUGUAUGGGCAAGAUGCAGAAUUAUUAAUAAUAAAAACAUGCCCAGUGGUACCUCGUAAUGCCAACGCUUCCGGAAUGAAUUAAAUUCGAAGUACGAGGCACCACUGUAUUUAGAAUGCGUAACAAAUAUGUUAAUUGGAAUCUUGUGUGUAUUUAUAAAAUACAGUAAUAACGCAUUUUAAAAUUUUACCAUACUCAAUAUUUUUAAAUAAAACCUUCAAUAGGCCCAUAAAAGAGGUGGUCAGCUCCCAAAUAAGUUAUUAAGAUAUGUUUAAUUAAAACACUAACGUUUUCGACCAAAUACGAUAUACGCCAUCUUUAGAUGUAACCGAAUUUGAACGUAUUUUUAAAUAACUUAAUAUUUAAGAAAGACUAUAUUGAGGUCAAAAGAAGGAAUUUAGCUAUCAGACUUAAGGAGAACAAAUGUGACAUUAAUAAAGAACACUGCAACACAAUCAAAGUAUGACACAAACAGAGGACUCUGUAGUUAAAUGGAAUAAAAUGACUAUGCUCAGGCCAUGCCUUUUCCAUCAUUAGCAUUGCACGAAGAAAAAAUUAAAAUCUAUUAAAGUAAAUUAAAGGAUGGUUGUAUUAAUGCUAGAGAUGAGAUGGACUUGCUUCUGCUUGGAAAUUCUACAUAAAAAAAAAAUACUGUACAGUAUAUAAAAACUCUUAGCCAGCACCUGACCUUAUACUUGGAUGCAUUUUUAUGUAUUUUGUUUUAUUUUAUUUAUUAUAUUAUCUUUUAUUAUUUAUUUGUUAAUCUA